UUCGUCGUCGGAUCUCUGCUUCUCGUCUCUUCUUCCUACGGUCGUCCUCUACAUCUCCGGUCUCUUUCGAAUCAGAAACUUCCUUAGCUUUAGGGCUUUCAUAUAGGUUGAAUAUUUAACACUGAUUUUGGGCUUUCAACAGAGCUGCAGCUCGUGGUUCUGCUCCCGUUUCGCUUCGCAGUUACGGUUUCAUCACGCUUCGAAAAACUUCGCCGGACUCUGAUGUGAACAUCACGGUGAAUCCACUGUAGAUUGCGAUCCACCUCACUUCACUUUCUCUCUCUGCAAAGGACGAGAAUGGGAAUCAGUAAAACCGAAGUAAACUUGAGGAGGUUGCUUGCAUCUGCUACUCAGCAGCAAAACCAGGCAAAACUUGUUCAUUAUGUUGCUACUUUGCGUGAACAAUUGGAACAAUUGGCUGAAGAGAGGACACCAGAAGGCUUACCAAGGAUUUCAAAGGCUAUGUUGAAUGAUUAUUCAGAGAAGAUUGAAGCCAUUGCUUCCAAAUUGAUUAACUCUGUGCCUGACAUACAAGUAUCUGAAUCUGAAAAGGACUUUGAAAGGAAUUUUGUUAAAGAAAAUCCUUCUGAAAUCGAGGAAAAAAAGCAGAUACCCCUUUCUUCUGGAUUGAGAAGAAGGCCUAUACCUGCCUCAAGUACUGAAGAUAGAGCACAUGAGCCGGCUGAGACUGAUCACUUAUCACCUGUUAAACUGGAUGCUGCAGCACAUGCACACAUUGAAAAGCACAGAAAGCUUCAAGACGAUUUGACUGAUGAGAUGGUGGUGUUGGCUAAACAACUCAAAGAAAGUAGUCUCGUGAUGAAUCAGUCUCUGCAAAAUACUGAAAAGAUACUUGAUUCUACCGAGAAGGCCAUUGAGCAUAGCUUGGCAAGUACAGGUCGAGCUAAUGUGCGAGCAACGGCUGUAUACUCCGAGAGUUCCAAGACUUCUUGCUUAACCUGGCUCGUGAUAUUUGUGAUGACAUGUGUAUUUAUCAUGGUUGUUCUUCUAAUCCGUGUCACAUAGAGUGUAGAUCACAUUUCACUAGGUAUAAAAAUGACCUCUAUUUUAGCUUUUACCCAUAAUGUAAAUUGUCCUUCUAUUCAGAUAGUUACAUUUUAUACAUACCUUCACAAUUAAAGAACUGUGAUAUUAUACUGCGCAUCGUAUCACA